AUGAAGGCUAAAGAACUUAAGAAUUACCCAGAUAUAAUGAAGGCUGCCAUGUGUUCACUGUUGAAUAACACAGGUUUGUUGAACAUUGUUAUAGUUAUUCUCUUUAACAAAACAAAUCUCUUUGAUUCUGAAGCUCUAUUGAAUUGCUUAGAAAUCCUCAAUUCUUGUUUAUAAUAUCUCUGUAAUCAUAAAUUAUCAAUGCCAACCUCCUUGGAUUAGUAGUUCUUUUUGAAAGGAAUUAGAAUGAUCCUAUUAUAAUGCGAACAUGCUUUCAGCGUUUCAAAAUGUCUUUGGCUGAUAUACAAUAACUAUGUCUUAUUUCCAUUGGACAUAAGGAAGGACAUCACAGACUUGCUGUUUGAGAAUGUGGCCACUAAGUUUUUUAUGCACUGGUCCUUCAACAUCAGAAUGAUUUUCCAUCACAUUCUCCUCUACAGAAUACAACAUCUUCAUAAAUCUAAUAAGAAUUUGAAUGAGGAGGAUUUGAUACAAAAGUAUUAGCAAUAAGUGAAGCCAAAAAAGCAGCAUAGUUUUUUCGAUUAAAAGAAUUCAUCUAAGGCCAUCAUUUCUGAUGUCAUCUACAUGAAGUUUUUUCGAUUUAUAUAAUAAAUAGAAGAGGGCAAACAAUUGUCGGCCAAUCAUCAAUUAAAUUAAAUGAUCGAGGAAUCUCAUUAUCACAAAUAGAUGAAAACCAAAUUAAUCAAAAGGAGGAUUUAAGAUAAAAAAAAAGGUUCGUCUGACUAAAAUAGUAGCAGUGAUGCUUAAUCUUAUAGAAUCAUUGAUGAGGAUGAAUAAGAUGCUGCCAUCCCAUUAUUUACAGGCACUAGUAAUUAAUUGAAACCGCAGAUCAAAUUACCAGAGAAAAAGGUUGCACUUGUACUGAGUUUGAGGAACUGAAAUACAAAUAUCAAAAAUGGAAAAUAAUCAGUCAUACCUGUCAAUUUCAAUUCAUUGUCAGAGGAUGAAAAAAUGAAUUUAAAUGAAACUUUUAAAGUCCCAGAAGUUAAAUUAGCUGUUCCGUUAGAUGAAAAAGAAGGAAACAUCAAAAAUACUGAUGAAUGGUGAAUUAUGAUUUUUUCUAUAAAUUUA